GAUCAGUACCCCGUGCACAAGUAAAUACAUUAUUGUCUACUACUGAAUCUCCCAAGUAGUUUUUAAGGGAUUAUAGACUGUGAUUUUAAAAUAUGUGAAAUUACGGAGAUGGCUUUCACUUCGUUUUUCAGUGGUACAACAUUGCUCUUUGUUCGUAAAUUCACUGUGUCAGAGUGCGCUCUAGGCGUUCGUAAAUUAAGAGCAUUGUCAUAUUGUCCGUUUGUAAAUUCAGAGCGUUUUUCACUCUCUGAGCUUUCAGAGCAUACACUGGACGCUGUGGCGGAGGAGUAGGGGUUGAUCCAAGCGUUCUGACCUGACAACGGCAGUCAAACACCCAAGCUAACUGGUAAAGCUGGCAAGCUUCUUCUAAACACAAAUGAGAGAACACCUCACUCUGACCACUUUACUCACCAUAGCAGAACUGGUUAGGCUGAUUUCAUGCUUUCUUGAGCAUUGAUGACUGUCACUGUGCUGCUGGCAAUAAUUUAAUUAUGUUUGUUUUUUUGCCGACGUUUAAUGACAACGAUCAUAUUCAACUGGCGUUGUGCGUUCAUAAAUUCAUCAGUUAUUCUGCGCUCUGGCACACUCAGACGAGAGUGCUCUGAAAUCGGAGUAGAUAGCCAGAGUGAAUUUUGCGAACGCAUCUCUAAUAGGAUGUUGGAGAGCUUAUUGACAAGGUUCUGUGUGGAUAGAAGGGAGCUUGUUUUUUCUUCCCUCUGUGGGAAAGCUGUUGAUAUGAAAUGACAUGGGACACCCAGUUGUUGGAUAUAGCUUAGAUGGAGAUCAGAAGUUGACCUACAGUGAAGAAGUGGUCCCAGCUAUACCUACUGCCAAGGUUUACAAGGUGUGCAGCACUGAUCAUGUCGUUAAUGGACAAGGACUGCCGAUACCACCUGGUUUACUUUUUUAUACAAUCCUGUAUUGUUCAAAGAUCAGCAUACCUCCACCUGGGCGAUGGAACUGGAAUGACGAAACCCAAGCCCUCGAGUUCACCAGUUUUAGUACAUCUGUGGAGGUAAAAGAAAAGCGAAAAAAGACUAAACCUGUCAAUUUUCAAGAUCUUGCCAGCAAGCGUCCAGAGAGGCAAAUGCAGUCAUCGGCCAAGAGGGGGGGACAAAGCAGCAGGAAGACUGUGGGUCCUGCUCAACUCAAUGCCUACAAGUCCUCAGUAAAACGGAGUCAGAGGGACUAUGUGACCAUCGAGGAUGUGAAACAGGUGGCACUCAGUUUGCUGCAGGAGAAUGAUGCACUCCCCAUUCCAUUUUGCUUCCUGUCUGUGUUGAAGAGCAGAGAGCUGGAUGAGUUCCUGGCUGCCCUCCUGCUCUACCUGUCCUGUUACUUUGAGAGGAAGUCUCUGGAGAAGAAGCCCAAGCCUCUCAUGGCUGAGCAGAGUAUCACAGAGAAGCAGGUGAUGGCGGAGACCCUUGCUAAGGUGGAGCUGGCCCAGAAGCAGCUGGCCUUCUGCUACUCCAGCCUGGUCCUGGGCCUGGGCCUAUCCCAGCAGCACCACAUGGCCUGUGGCAGGAGCCGUGUGUCAUUGACCUACAAAGACAGGCAGUUGUAUGAGUGUCUGUACAGCUUCUUCUGCUACGUGGCGUGGGUGACGUUCAGUAGGAAGGACCUGAGAGGCAUCCAGGAGGAGGUGGGGCGCCUGCUGCGUUCUGACACCUUCAACCCCGCCCUCAGGACCAGGAUAGAUGCCACAGAGGACAGCCUGGCCCAGGACUCCUCCACCAAAGAGGGACAGACUGAGCCCAAAGUGCACACACAGAGCCACAAUGCCCCAGAGCAGAGGAAGUCCCAGCGUCGUCCGGCCUUGAGUAAGAUGGUGACCCAGCGCUCCCCGGUCAUGGUGUCCCUGCUGCCAUAUCCGCGGGGAAGAGGCUCCUCAUCUGUUCUGCCGCUACAGACCCAGGAAGCAGAGCCAGGCCAAGCUGUGUAACCCAGAGACCCUGAUGGAGGAGCUCAAAGAGCAGCUGGCCUCUGUCAGCUUUGGGAUUCUGGGGAAGCCUCUGAGCCAGUUCAGCUGCACCACCCUUAUGCCCCAGGGAGCCAACAACGAAGACGAGGAGGAGGAGGAGGAAGAUGACGAGGAGAAUGACGAUGAUGAAGACUCCGGCGUCCAUGUUCGAAGCAGUAAGAACACCUUCGUGGCUCAGAGACCUGUCGCAUCAGCAGUGGACCAACGCGGCAGCCUCAGCCGCACCAAUACAGUCAUCUCACGGGCCACCACAGAGGGAGUGUCCUCAGACACAGAGUGAGAGUAUGUGCGCGUCCCCCAAAAUUUGACCAAUAAAAAAAAGAACAAAAACAUAUAAAAUUAUGUAUCUUUAGUCACCAUGUUUCAUAAUUGGCCUUCAAUUCGAAUGUGUCUCACCAGAGAAAGCAUCCGAUCGAGCGAAACGGCACCCCUCUGUCUCAGUAUAUGUAGCCCAUCUAUCUGAUGCUGUCUGGCCAAAAAGAGUAUGCCAUUGUUGCUGCCCGUAGCAUUGAAUUUCAUAGCAAGGGAAGCUAGCAAGCAUUUUGCCUCCCUUGGUAAUGUUUAAAUUUAAAAAAAAUAACCAAUCAAGCAUUGAGCUAAACUGUGUGAGCUCAAUUGUGAAUGGUCCUGGUGCACCAAAAAAAGUCCCAAUGGAAGCUAGUUUGGAUGUGACUUCACACCAAUCACAUUGCAUCAAAAGCAUUGACGAAAAAAGGUGCAUUUUUGCAUCUCGUUGUGUCGUUGUCCUCCGGUGGCUAGCUAAAAUCGACCCUUGGAGCUUGGAUGGAGAAAAGGAAAAAUUAGAUGGGAGAUAAGGAUUUGGACUUGUGGACUUACUGUACUGGACAGUGAUUACAACGGUGAUUCAGAUCCAACCAUAAAUUCAUACUUUGUGCUCCUGGCCUGAGAGGGUGGAAGUUCAAUAUGUAGCUAGAUGUAGUAGGCUAACGUUAACUAGCUGGCUCAUCAUUGCCCUUUAAAUUAAGUUAGGCUAGCUGGCAAGCCUUUUAGCCAUGUAGCCUAAUCGAGGACAACAAAAACUAAAAGUGUGUAGGCUACUGUAUGACAGAGAGGAGGAUUGCAUUGGCGAUCCUCUACAAGUAAGGUAAAUCAUUGUUUUUCUACUUGCGCACACACAAUCAGGACCAUGGACAGCCACAUGUUAUUUAGCUUAUGUUGAUUGGACUAAAUUGUUUUUGGUCCUGAUCUUUAAGUUGCUACUCUGUUAGACUAAGCAUUGGUGAUUUGAUGAUUUGGAAGUUGAAAUGAUGGUGGAUUUACUUUAGCAGAGGCCUCUCCUGGUUUUUUUGCCACUUGUGAUAACUCUGUGGUUCUCAAUCAAUAAUUGUUUAGUAGUCAGACAUUUUGCAAGCAAAACAUCAAGUUUUAAAUUUCAUUUCCUGCAGUUUUACAAAUUUGACCAUGGGGUGUUUUUAAAAAACAUUUUUAAAGCAAGUUUGCUGCAAUUAUACACAUUUUGCCACGGACCAAAGAGAAGAUUUACCAAUUUCAGGCAAUUCUUCACAUUUUCCCAUGGGGUGUAGAGAAGAUUUACCAAUUUCAGGCAAUUCUUCACAUUUUCCCAUGGGGUGUAGAGAAGAUUUACCAAUUUCACGCAAUUCUUCACAUUUUCCCAUGGGGUGUAGAGAAGAUUUACCAAUUUCAGGCAAUUCUUCACAUUUUCCCAUGGGGUGUAGAGAAGAUUUACCAAUUUCAGGCAAUUCUUCACAUUUUCCCAUGGGGUGUAGAGAAGAUUUUGCAGUUUUACAUCACAUUUUCUGCAAUUCUGGAGAGUAAUGUUUGCAAUUAAUAUUUAAUAUUUUUUUGUGAAAGUGACUAAUUAAAUCAAUGGGGGCCCCCCAGUUGGUAAUUCGACCAUGAUUACUACAAGUUUAGAAAGCUGGACAUUAGACUAACAAAAAAUGUUAGCUGACAUGGACUUAUUGAGUGACUGUCAGUGACUGACAUAACAAGAGAAAAACUGCUGAGGCACAACUACCUUUUCAAAAUGGCACCCUGUAUAUUCUACUAUUCUAACCUCAAUUGAGUUCUUAAUGAUUUAUUUUUAUUGAUCCACAGGCCGCCAGUUGCCCAUCCCUGCUGUAGUUCAUCAAUCUGUUUGUUACAUGCAAUAUGCUUUGUGGACUUCACCAGACAAAUACGUCUCUCUGGUUUUGUGAUGAAACAAAUGUGUGGUUGAAUUGAUUCUGCCCAGUGGUGUAAGGUACUUUAGUCAAACUACUUUAAUGUACUACUUAGUUGUUUAUUGGUGUAUCUGUACUGCACUUUACCAUUUAUAUUUUUGACAACUUUUACUUUACUACAUUCCUAAAGAAAAUAAUGUACUUUUUACUCCAUGUAUUUUCCCUGACACACAAAAGCACUCGUUACAUUUUGAAUGUUUAAACAGGACAGGAAAAUGGUCCAAUUCACACACUUAUCAAGAGAGCAACCCUGCUCACCCCUACUGUCUCUGAUCUGGCAGAUUUAGUUUGCUUAGUUUGUACAUUAUGUCUGAGUAUUGGCGUGUUGGAGUGUGCCCCGAGCUAGGCAUAAAACAAGCAAGACAA